AUGGAGGGAAUGGAAGUGGAAACGUCUUUAGAUGUCUUAUCAAGAGCAGCUUCGCUUGUUGAAACAGAAACGGAGACUGAGAUUAUUAAAGCACGACCCGUAGACUGUAAGUGCUGUGUGAUUUCAAUCACUAGAUACCAAGUAUGAAUGCUUUAAAUGGAAUGCUCUCUUGAUUAGACUAGAGUAUUUUGAAUACCGAUAUCGUCCGUGUAUUAAUAUACAUCUGACCAUAUUAAUUCAACUGGCUAUAAUACGUUUUGCUGGAUGACAAGAACAUACGAACGAAAUGUUGUGUAUAGAUUCUUCUCAGUUUAUAUAAAUUCCUAUCCGACGUCCUACGCUCAACAUUACAUGUCUUAAUAUGUUGUUUGAGGAAGUUCGCGAUUUCGCGUGUAGUCUUUGAAUGUGUAGGCGAAGGCAAGAGCAAAGCAAAUAGCACGAUCGUCAAUAAAACUUGUGCUAAAUUAAAUAGCUUCAUUAUGAAAUGUCAAGCUAUGUUUAUGAGUUCAGGAAUAUAUAAUUGCGACAUUUUCCAUCAAUAUUACGCAGGGUGCUGCAUUCUUCCGCUAUCAAAUAGUUUAUAAACUUGUACACUGAAUGUUUUGAUGCUCAGAUAUAAUCAGUCUAUCAUGUAAUAUGUGUGAGCAGAAAACUUGGGCAUGUAUUCUGUGCCCUUGAACGACAAAGGCUUGUAAAUUUUCUACGUGGUAUCCGGUGUUAUCAUCAUUCGACUGAUUAUAAAAGCACAACAUCUGUUCACUCGAGCAUGUAUUUAGGUAAUUUUCCCGAACACGCAAAUAUGUUGUUGUUUGAAGAAUGCCGGUAAUUUACGUUUGUUCUAUCUGACAAGAUUCAUGUAUUCAUGAAGCCCAUCCUAUUGUAUUUUAAAGAUUGUUUUGGUUACAAAAUUAAGCCCUCGCACAUUUUUCCGCUUUAGGUUUCGAGACGAAAAUGGAAAGUACAUUUAUUCCUAAGCCAAAUACUCUUCUCUCGAAAGCGAUGGAAUUCAAAGAGCAAGAGCAGUCCAUGGAGGUAGAAGAAGGGACAAUUAAUAUAAAAGACCAAGUCGUUUAUCGGCGAAGGAAAAUGAAAUGUAGUGCAACCCAAACGCUGUAAGUAGACCAAGGGUUUGAAUUAUUUGGUAACAUGAUCUGGCGUGUCGAUAGUGACUUUAUCCAUUUAUAGUCAAAAGGAAGGCAAAAAUUUUAUUCCUCCAUCGCGAGGGGGAUACCGCGUGCUGUGCGGGCAUCUAUUUUUGCCACUUACGGAAUGAGAGAUAUGUUUUGAAACGUGACAAAUGACACCUUUUCAAUAGAAAUUAAUUGGGAAAUAAAUUGGCAGCACACUCGCAUCAGGAAUGCAAUGCUAUUGAAUUUGGUAAUUUGAAUACAAUGCCAAUAUAUGAAUAUAAUAGCUGUGUAAAUGGCUUAAGGCAAUUUCUAGAUUGUUGUUUAUCGAUGGUAAUGAUAUUGGGAAAAUUAUAAAGCGCUUAAUUGGUCUAUGGUAUGUUCUAGACAAUACAAUAAUUAGUUUUAUCUUUUCUAGUACUGAUGAACAACCAGCCUUCCCCCCUAGACCAAUGUCAGGGCCACCACCUCUGCUGUGUGUCUCGCCCAGAAGCAGCAUGUACGAAGAAAUCCGCCCUCAGCAGAGAACAUCUGUGAUAACCUCGGCACACCUACAACGUCGGCCGCAUACAAUUGUUGGUGUACCAGUUGGUUACAAUGUGCUAGAUCUUCAAAUAUCACAUCGGAAAGAUGUGAAAUCGCUGCCCAUAUCAUCUGGAAAUGCAGACCCGGUUGUUGAUGAACAUUUUAGAAGAAGUCUUGGAGCAGAAUAUGCUGAUUUCACCCCACCCUCUGGUUCUGUUGAAGACCAUUUUGCUUUGUCCUUGGGUGAUGAAUGGUAUAAGUUAAAUAUUAAGAAGUAAAAAGGUUACAUGAUGAACAUGCCCAAAUAGUAAGGCCAUUGUUUAGUUGGCAUGUCUGGGAAUAAGUAUGACCACCUUUGCUUAUCCUUAAGACCUUAGCAAAGCAAUAUUAAAUCCCUUGCAAAACAAACCAUAUGUUUUGUCUAGCAAUAUAGACGAACUGUGUAGAACUGAUAUUUAUAACCUGAAAACGUAUUAGAACUCAAGAACUGUUAUUUUAAAAUACAAAUGUUGAAGAGGUAUGUUAGCAGUUGAGUUUUAUCAGCUGCUAGAUUUAGGUUGUGGGAUGGACUAAGUUAAGUAGACAUGUAGGGUGGGUAUUUUGACACAUACUAGUGGUUUUACUGACAUUUAAAAAUACAGUGUUACAAGCACAUUCCACAAGUGCUAUUAAAGAUAUAGAGUUUCCAGAUCUAUAUAAUAGGAUUCAGUUGUUACAUAUAUAUUCUGAAAUCUGUCAUCCUUUAAUAAGGAGCACUGUAUUUAUCUCGUUCAUAUGGACCCUUAUGAUAUACAAAUCAAUCAUAGCAUCUGUAAAUAUAGUUAGAGUAAUAUAUAUCUGAGAGUUAUUAAGAUGCCUUGCUAUCAAACAUCUGUCGAACUGUAUAAGACAGUUUUAAGGGUGCAUCUGGAUUUGGCCUUGUCAUAAAUAUGGUUUGAACCUAAUAAGAAUGUUUUAAGUGGAUAAUUUGGCUGUACAUGGUUCAAAUAUUUUUAGCCAAGGUUGUGACAAAUUGAUGAAUUACUUCACAUUUUUUGUGACUGGUUGCUAAGUUGUGACAUGUUUUUCCAAUAAUACUAUUUUUGCAAGACCAAGGCCAGAUGCACAUUUUAGAGUUAAUUAAGGUAUAUAUAACUCAGCUGUGAGCUUGUCAUUUCAGACCUCAAUAUUCUUAACAUAUGGUCUAACUAAGAGCUGGUCUCAUAAGGAAAUUUAAGCAGGAUAGUAUGUAAUAUAGGGAUCUACUUGAGCUGGACUCGUGAUGUGAUCAUCAAACAUAUCCUGUGACAAACUGAUUUAGUGCAGGAAAUACACAAAACUGCUGCCUGAAAAUGCCAAAUAAAUUCUGGUGAAUUUGCUUAAGUAAACUAGUUACAGUGCAUGGUGUUAGCAGAAUGGUAAGCGUUUUACUGAUGCUUUAACUGCAAGUAAGCUAGCAAGCGUUUACUAUCAAUAUUAAAAUCAAGGGCAUGACUAUAUCAUGAAUUACUUGGGUUUUUUGACAGACCAGCAAUGUCAUGGUACACAUAUUUUGGAUAGCCAUUAACCAAUUCUGACUAGCUGUCGAGGUGAAGCUUUAUGAUACCUCCUUGUUACUUUUAGUCACUUGUUGGUAAGGCGUUGCCAUUUAUACCCACAUUGAUUUUAUUGAACACAUGUACUGAUGUGGUUGGCAGAGCAAGGCAGCAGUUGAAAGUGUUUUUCUUGCAUACACAGCGGUAGGAUAACAAAUUUGUACAUGUACAACAAAGUUGUGUUUUGUUAUAGUUUUAUUGUUUAUGUGUUUUAUAUUUGUAUGAUUUUUAACACAGUUUAUAAAAACAAAGUAUUUAUACAAAGAUCAAACGGUGUUAUUUAGACUUUACUACAGUAAUUUGGGGAGAGCCUUUGCCUUUUUGGAUGGUCUGCAAUCAACACGGUUGUGCAACUUGUACCUGAUUCCUGAAUUGCUUAUUCGAUGCCCUGGGCCUGCUGAAGCAAUCCAGUAAGGACCUGUAAUAAAUCUAAGACAAGUUCUUGAAAAUCGUAGACUAAAUUCUUAUACAGUCGCCAUGGAUGCGAAUUUUUGUAAUGUACUAAUGGGAAGUUUUAAGAGACAAAACAGUGACAUAAAGAUUAAAGGUCAAUGCCAUGUCGCUUUCGGAAUUUCACUAUUAUUGUUUUCUAUAAAACAUUAAAGGCUAUAACAUGUCGUAAUUCCAAAGCAAUGUUACCAAACUGGCAACACUCAACAGGAAGCUAAGAUGCUAAAGUUCAAAUUACUUCCUUGAUUGCUUGAAUUGCUUCGCCCUUUUGCGCCGUAUGCCUUAUUAAUUGGUGCACUGUUCUGGUGGCAUGCGGGAUUUGUUCAGAAGUUCCUAGGCUAGACAUCCCAUUUCCUAAAUAAUAGUAAAACGCGCGUAUUUAAUCAAUAAAUCAAUUAAAAUGUGGUUUUGUUUGCAUGGGGAAAAUUUCGUUAAUUCCAUUUGGCAUUUGACUGUCUCAGUUUAGAAGAUACUGUACAGUGACUUUUCAUUUCAACCGGCGGAUGUAUGGGUUAAUAUAUUUGGAAGUUCCCAGACUUCUCAAUUUAACAAGUACAAUGAUUUUAGUUGAGCAAAUAAAACCUGGUUCUUAUCUACAUGGUUCUAAUAAACAUGGUUGAUAUCUAGACGGUUCUUAAUAUAAGCAUACUUCUUAUCUACAUAUAUGCAGUUCUUGUAAACAUGGUUCUUAUCUACAUGAUUCUUAUAGACGUGGUUCUUUUUAAAAGAAAAAAAAUAAAUUUAUGAAUUAUGUCAACUGGAAAAUUUUGCACAGGGUAAAAGUCAAAGUUCAGGUUUAUCAAAAAACAAAAAUACAUUUACCGUUGUGUGUCAGUUCCCACGCAGACACCGGGGAAUGUUUAUUUCAAAAUCCCUCUCGACAGUCUUAAAAAUCUCCUAAAUACCCCGAAAUUCGAGCCAAAAUGUCCUUUAAAAUCCGCUGAAAUUAUCAAAGCCGCUUUACACUUUUUUUUAUACACGCCUCGUUGGAAGAUACAGGACCUCUCAGAAAACUGUACCGGGUUAAAAGUUAAAACGGUUAUGCAUGUCGUUGACUUUUUCAUGAAUGAAAAAAAAAUUUCCCUGCAGGGGCUUUAGGGAACAGAGCAUACUGUGUGCAAUGGGAAACGAGAGCAAAGCAAACAAAAUCAAGAGACAAGAAUUAUUUCAUGAAUAAGCAAAUUCCGUAGUGAAUUCUUUCAAAAAAAUGUCAGAAAUGCAGUCAUCGAUCUAACUGAUCGUAAAAAUGUUGUUGGGAUCACCCCUAGACUCUUUACGAAUUUCGAGAUAAUUUUAACAGUGAAGUUCAAAUUCAGGAAAAUUUCUUUACCACCCCACACGUGCACCCCCAACUUUGUACGAAAAUCUGCCCCCGGCCCCUUCCCCCCGCUUGCACUCUUGCCGGUUCUGGCGCCGCGUCAUGCAGCUGCUAGGGAAACAGAGGUGCAUGGCGAAAUCUUCGUGACAAAGGAAGACUUUUCAAGUGAACAUGGGUUCAAUGCCUCCUCUACCUGAAAUUUGAGCACGGUAUUAGAUAUGAAUCAAGAAAAUAAUAAUAAAGGAAGCUUAAUUCAUAGCCUAUCUUUUAACGAUAAAAGAAGAUUGAUAUGGACGACAUCAUUUGAUGCUUUGCAAGAGUUUGUAGAAGAUGUUUUAAACCUAUCAGGCGGUAAAUGGUCUUCGCCUGGAGGCGAUGCAAAGCUGUACCGGGACGAAAGUCAAGAUAUAUCUAUUCGAUGGCAUGCUAAUACACAAACUAUAACUGUUAGCGGUGGUGAGAAGGAGAAUAUCGAAGCUAAGUUAAUUUCACUGGCUUCGAUAUCUAAAAAACUAGCAAAUUCCGUUGUCAGUGAAGACACUAAAAUUCCGGACGAAGACGACCAUAUUGAAAUUGGCAAGGAAAACGACGAUAUUUGCAUACAUAACAAAGAAGAUUCUGCUUUAGAGACAUAUAUCAAAUCCCUCGAUUGCCAAGUUAGAUUGUUAGUGAAAGAAUUUACAACAAAUAAAACAACAGUUGACAAAACGCUACAAGAUCAUUCGAAAGUACUAAAUCAGCUCCAAAAUCGAGAGACAAAUAGUGAGUUGGAUAGCCUAAGAAAAGAAAACCUUCAACUAAAAAAACUAAAUGAUGAGUUUUCCAAAAGAAUUAACAAUCUUAGCUGUAUUCUAGCAGAUCUUCAAGACAAAGCAAAAUCAGCAGAGGAUGAAAAAGCCAGCUUAAUCACGGCAAUUAAACUAUUGUACAAGGAGAACGAACGAAAUCAAGAACAAUCAAAUGUCAAUCAAGCAGAUCAAAUUAAUUCAGAGGAACAACAGAGGCAACAACAUGACCCGACCUGGCACCAAGUGAAUCCGAAUAUUCAAAUCAAUAAUCGCUUCGCUGGUCUCAGUGUUGAAGAACAUACCGAAGAAGUGUCAAUGUCCUGCAAGUCAAGUAACCCAAACGUUAACCGAAACCCGUCAGAAGGAGAGCUGGAAAGCUUCAGCUAA